AUGAAUCCUCUCCGCCCCUCGUGCACAUUGGAUAUUAAGUAACACCUCUGAUGUUCCAGAGGAAAGCAGUUCUCAGGUGUGGACGAGUUCAGCAGGACUCUGGGUCACGGGUCCAGUCAGCAUGUCUCUCUUGUACGCGGUGUGUGUGGUUUUGGUGGUGCUUCCUGUCGUCCUCCAGGUCUGUUGUCCGUAUGUAGUGCACGAUGUGCUGUAUGUCCUGAAGGGAAUCCGCGUGGCGAUGAGGAUGAGGAAGUUCCGCAGCUCCACUCCGUGCUACACCGUCCUGGACCGCUUCUUAGACGCGGUGAAGGAACAUCCCGAGAAAACGUUCCUGGUGUUUGAAGGUCGCUCCUACACGUACAGAGAGGCGGAUAAACUGGGCAGUAAAGCGGCGAGGGCUCUGCUCCAUCACAGCGAGCUGAAGGAAGGAGACACCGUGGCGCUGUUUCUCGGGAAUGAGCCGCACUUCAUCUGGCUUUGGCUCGGACUCUGGAAGCUGGGCUGCACCGCCGCGCUGCUCAACUCCAACAUCCGCGCCAGGUCCCUGCUCCACUGCUUCAGCUGCUGCGGGGCCAAACACCUCAUCGCUGGGGCAGAUUUACAGGAAGCAGUGGAGGAAGUACUUCCUGUAUUGAAGGAGCAGGAAGUGCGUGUCUUCCUGCUGGGUGAAAAUUGUGAGAAGAAUGGAAUCAUAAACCUCAGCGAGAAAAUCAAUGCUGCGAGCGACGAGCAACUACCGUGCUCACUUCGAACCAAAAUCACCAUGAAGAGCCCUGCACUCUACAUCUACACUUCAGGCACCACUGGUCUUCCAAAAGCAGCUGUGAUCAGCCAUGAGAGGGUGUGGCUGGCCUCCUUCCUACAGAGCAUGUCCGGCGUCCGUUCAGAUGAUAUUAUCUAUGUGUACCUGCCCCUGUACCACAGCUCUGGCUUCCUCAUGGGCCUGACGGGGGCAAUAGAGCGAGGAAGCACAGUGGUGUUGAGGAGGAAGUUCUCAGUGUCUCAGUUCUGGAACGACUGCAGGAAGUACAAUGUGACGGUGAUCCAGUAUAUCGGAGAGAUCAUGCGCUACCUCUGUAACACACCCAAGACGGACAGCGACCGCGUGCACAACGUGCGUCUUGCUUUCGGAAAUGGUAUCCGUGCCGACACAUGGGCGGAGUUUCUGCAGCGAUUCGGAGACGUGCGUAUCUGUGAAUGCUACGGUGCGACAGAAGGAAACGUUGGCUUUGUCAACUACCUCGGGAAAAUAGGUGCCGUCGGCCGGGCAAAUGCCAUCUUAAAGCGACUUUCACGUUACGCUUUGAUUAAAUACGACACCGAGAUGGGAGAACCAAUACGAGACUCCCGAGGAUUCUGUGUGGAGGUUUCUACUGGAGAAACAGGCCUGCUGGUGUGUAAGAUCACUAAAGUGGCUCCAUUUAGCGGCUAUGCUAACAACAAGCAGCAAACCGAACAAAAGAAGCUGAGGAACGUGUUUGAGCAGGGAGACUCGUACUUUAACACUGGAGACCUGAUGAAAGUUGACCAGCAGGGCUUCGUCUACUUCCAGGACCGCAUUGGAGACACGUUCAGGUGGAAGGGCGAGAAUGUUGCUACCACUGAAGUGGCUGAUAUUCUGAUCAUGUUGGACUUCAUCGAGGAGGCUAAUGUCUACGGAGUCAAAGUGCCAGGUCAUGAGGGCAGAAUCGGAAUGGCUGCUAUCAAGCUGAAGGAGGGACUGGACUUCGACAGCUCUGUAGCAUACAAGCACAUCGAGAGCUACCUGCCCAUGUACGCCAGGCCACGUUUCAUCCGGAUACAGGAGAUGCUAGACACCACAGGUACCUACAAACAGAUGAAGAUGAAACUGUCCGAGGAGGGAUUCGAUCCCGGAGCCAUUCAGGAUAAGCUGUACUUCCUGGACGACAGGAAGAAAACCUACGUGACCAUGACGGAGGACAUUUUUAACUCCAUAAGCAAUGGACAAUUGAGAUUAUAACACACACACACACACACACACACCUCUCAAUCAAGUGCCUUGAGAACCAGAGAUGUUUAUUAUUCAAACAUAGGACAUAAUUACAUGUAUAAUUUGUGUUUUGGGAGAUUAUACAUGAAGAAAAGGAAGAAGAAAAUGAUGUAGAUAUCUCUGUAAUACUAAAAACACCUUAUAGUUAUUUUUGUAUUAUUUGCUUUAUCAUUUUGAUAAUUAUGUAAAGAUUUCACCUGAAGCUGAUGUCAGUAUGGAAAGUUUAAUUAAAUGUGAUUUUAUUUUUUUUUUAAAAA